ACUUUUUGUAUGCAAAACCCGAUUUUAUGCUGUAAUUCUAAAUUUUAAGGAGUGUAUUAGUCUAUUGUCAAACCCGAAGGUAAAUAUCGUUUGUUUUUGUACGUUGAUUUUUUCUUAUCGAUAUGUUAAUUCUCAAGCGAGCUACGAAUAUGAAUAUAAAUAUCAUCGAGCCUGGCUUGAAAAUUAAAAUAUCCCUAGAAAAAAAAAAAAUCUAAAAAAUAUAACGACAUGAACCGAAUUAUACAAAAUUAAUACCGUAACAAGUACAACGAAUUCUCAGUUUUUUUCAUUUAUCAAAAAAAAAAAAUAAAAUUGGAAGAAAAAUAGAAAAAUGACCUUCUAAACGCUUCUAAAUGAUUUCUGGUAGAAAAGUUGUUUACACAAAAAAAAAAAAAUGCGCAUCGUAACAAAACCAAUACAUUCCUCGCUUAGCUAAGUAUUUAAAAAAAAAAAAAAAAAAAAUUAGUUAAAUUUCACGCAUUUUGACUGCAAUUAUUGGGAACGGGCGUCGGUAAUAAAAACAGUGAUCAAUGAGAACCCGUCCAAGAUGGGAAAACCAAUACAGGAUAUGCAGAAGUGUCGGAGACGAGAGGCAACACACGGUACAAGCAGUAGACGGUGAAGGAAACACGUUCGGAGGGCUAGUAUUUAAAGGCAAUGUAACAAACAAAACAAUAAAUAAAGGAAUGUUAUCUGAAAAAAUGUAGAUGCCCCGCCGCCGACGACGAUCAAGUUUGUAUUUUAUCGCUGCACCGGACGGAAUAAUAUUUGUAUAGUUAAUUUGUGACGCAGCAUCGGGAUAUUACAAUAUAAGUGUCUGUGUGUACACUAAUAGCGUGAAAUUAAUAAUAUUGUUUUAUUAAUUACGGGCUUUAUCCAGUGGCGCACCGAUAGGGCGGCAAGAUGGGUAACGAGCCACGGGCCCACGAUAUUCAGGGUCUCGAGACAUUAUUUUUCAGUGGAUGUACAGGUGAAUUGAAUACAGGCGACGGUCGUUGUUUCACUCAUUAAGUAACGCGAGUGGACGGACAAACGUAUGAGAACACGCCCCUUUUCCCUUUUAUUGCUCCAAACUGUGUAAAUCGGGCCCCGACCCGGAUCGUGCCUCCCGAUUCGGUCGAUCUAGUAUAUUUUGCCACAGGUAUUAGAAGUUCUAGUAAUCGCCACUAGGUUCUGCCCGUGCAAUGAAAAAUUGUCCAAAUAAAGUUGAUAGACAGAAAAAUUAUCAUUAUAUGCUAUUACCGUAAAUACCCGCACGGCAUAAAUAUUAACAACGAUGUUUUUUUUUCAUCCGUAUUAUCGAGGUAACCCAUAAAUCUAUGAAAAAUAAUACGAUUUAUAUAUUAAAAAUACCUAAAAAACCGAAUUUUCGGAAAUUGUAUUCAACCGGGGGGGGGGGCGGAUUUCAAUAGUUGUGGACUUUCUUCGAAUAACGUGGAACAACUUUCCAAAGUCUCGUGCUGAUUGGAUGAACGCACGGUGUGGCAAUGCAUAAAGGACGAACAGACAUACAUUCGUUUUUCUGUACACCGAUAUAAUGUAGAAGACACGGGCAGACUGUAAAUACAUUUUUUCUGUAUAAAAUUGAAAUCGUGUACAUUUGUCAAACCUACGGUUUAAUUGCGAUAUCGGUGAAAUUUCGCGCGCUCGACGUACAAAAAACGCGGAAAGCGGCCGUCUACUGUCGAACUUCGGCUCCUAGAGGAUAAGACAGACCAGACAAAUAUAACGAACAAAUACACAAACGAAAAAUGUACGCGUAAAAACAAAACGGAUAAACGAACGGGCGCGCCGUCCUGAAGGAUGACGCGGAGACGGGAUUUUCGAUAUUUUCAGAACGAAAAUUGAACUCGGUUGUUGUCGAUUUGGAUAGGAACAAUAGCGGGGACACGCGGGAGACACCGUAGUCGAACUGAAUUCCUUCCGUCGGACGCUGUUUUCGAAUGGAAUUUAUUUAUUUACCCGAGUAAAAAAAAACAAAUCAUUACAAUAAUCGUAGUGUUAAUAAUGAAAUCGUCGCGAGCCGCAGUUGUUGUGAUCGCGAGUGAUAAAAUCGCUGCCGCGGUCAACGUAGAAUUGUGUAAUUUUUUUUUUUUUUUACAUUAUUCGAUCGAACGCCAUAUAGUUUUAUUGUUUUAUUUAUUAUUAUUAUUAUUUUUUUUUUCUGUCGAAUCGGCGGCGCCGUUAUUCGGCGAUCGACGAGAGAGGACCCAUUAUAACAACAUACACACCGGGGACGGCGAGUGUUUAUUUAUUUGAAACAAAAAAAAAAAACAAGGAAAAAAAAACGUACGUACGUACGUUGGCAGGCCCGAGUGCUCGAACGGCCGCCACAAGGCGCGCGGGACAUUUUUUAAAUAGCUCGGCGGCGGCGGCGGCGAUCUGGACGCGGGCGCGUGUCAGUGUGUGUCUAAACGCGUACGGACGUACGCCCGCGUCCCAGUGUCCGACCCUCACGAGUACCGUGCGACUGUGCGCGCCGCGAACGUGCGACGGAAUAGUGCGCCGCGGCUUCGCGGUGUAGAACGGCUUUGGGUUUCCGUAGUCAUCGGGUUCGAUGCGGCGGCCGUCAUGGGCGGCGGCGACGGCGGCGGGACGGCUGCGCUGGCACUGGUACUGGUGACGGCCGCGGCCACGGUGGCGGUCACGGGCGGCACCCGGGCCGAGGUGCUCGGCUACACGGAAACCGUGUGGCUGGACAGACAGGGGCCGCUCAAGGGCCUGGUCACCACGGUCGGCGGCGGCGGCGAAUACCAGCAGCUCGACCAGGUGGAAGUGUACCUGGGCGUGCCGUACGCCGCGUCCCAGGAGCGGUUCAUGCCGCCCGGCGAGUCGCCCACGUGGUGUCCGAAAGCGGAAGACGGGUCGUUCGACCGGAGCCACUGCCGGCCGCUGCGUGCCGAGUACCUGAAACCGGUGUGCCCGCAGCGGCUGCCCGACCUGGUGAUGGCCAACUCCAACAAGCGGCUAUCGGCCGUCAGGCAGAGCUACCUGAAGCGGUUGACCUCGUAUCUGGGCAACCAGAGCGAAGACUGUCUGUAUCUGAACAUAUACGCCCCUCACGGUGAGCGUACAUUAUUAUUGAACGACUGUUCCCCCAUUCAUUAUCGUAUACAAUAUACGGGGUGACUUUUUUUUAUCAUCAACCAGCAAUUAUCUCGGAGGAUUUUAUGCGAAUUCGAUUGAAAAAGUUAUGGCUUUAAACUGUUAUAACUCAUAUGCCUACGGUGUAUCUGAUAUCACUGUUAUGCGUAUCGAAAUGUCUAGACAAAUAUUCUCUAUUCAAAUCUGUGUUUGAAAAGGGGGAGGGGGGGGUUCUUAUUUGAAAAGCGAAAUUAUGUACUUAUUUAAUGUGUAUGGAGUAGGGGUAAAAAAUUAAAAAUGGUUUUAAAAUAAAGCUUAAACGAUUUCACAAUGAUUAGAAAAAACAGAAAUCGAAUUCACUUAGAAUCCUCCAAGACAAUUGUCGGUUCGUGAUAAAAAAAAAUCACCCUGUAUACAUUUUUUUUUUUUUUUUUAACCAAAAACGAGAAAAUAUUAAAGAAUUAAUAUACUGUUCAACAAAUUAUCAUUAUGUACUAUUACCAUAGAUACCCGCACGCCGCAGGAAUCCGCGCUUCAAAUCCGCACAUAUAUUAUAAACAAUCUAGACAGCCGACCUCGUGUUUCGUAAUGAACAAAGUAUGAAGUUGGUCGCCAUAGUCCAAGAGUGCAAACAAAUGAUGUGAUAAUAUUAUGAUACAUGGGGUCUCAACAAUUUUUAAAAAAACAACAGUACAAAAGUAUUGAAAUCAAAUUUAAUUUACUUUUCGAAGAAGUUUUUGCUGAAAUUUUAAAAUAUAAUGUACAACGAUGGUUGUUUGUCGCUGUGUGAACUGAUACAGUAUCAAAUAAUGCCAUUGUUUGCACUCCAAGUAAAUAGUGACAAGCUUCAUUUAUAACACCGAAGUCGGCUAUCUAGGUUAUGUACUAUAUAAUAUACAAGUUUGUACAAUUCACAGUGUUUUUUUUUUUUCGUUUCAUCCGUGUUACCAAGGUAACCCUACACAUAAGUCAACAAAAAUAUGACGAUUUUUAUACUGAAAAUGCCUAAAAACCGAAUUUUAGAAGAUGGUAUUCAACAGGGGGUGGAUUUCAAUAGCUAUAAACCUUCUCCGGACAACGCGGAACAACUUUACACGGUGUCGGGGCGAUCGGACGAACGGUGUAGUAAUGCAUAAAGGACGAACGGACACAUAGUCGUUUUUUUUUAUGUGUACGUUACGGUAAAUGUUGUGAAUUCGGUUAAUGUUAUUGUAUUCAUGUAUCGACCUAUUUUGUAAUGUUUUGUACUAAUUUCAAUAUUAGAGUUUAUUGGCCUAUUAUCAAACUUAAAUGCGAGUACAUUGUUUGUAUUUAUACGUUGGUUUUAUUUCGAUAUUUUAAUUUAAAAAAGCGAGAUAGGAUUAUUUUUCAAAAUCGUAAUAUUUUACAUAUUCGUAACCCGUUUGGAAAUUUAAAUAGAGAAAAAAAAACUAAUGUACAAAUAUAGGCAAUAUUCUUGUCUUUAGUUUUAAUAGUAUACAAAUAAUACACCCUAAUGUUAAAACUAAAUAUUUAUAUGUGGUUAAAAAAUUUCGAUUACAAAUAUUAAUAUUGCUGGGACGUUAUUGGGUAGUCUCUAUAGUGUAAGCGGUUGUUGACAGUGGCAUGUAUAAGAAUAGUUUUAAACAUAUUAUCUAUGUACAGAUCGUAAUCAUUCGAGUUUUCAUCUAGACAGGGAAAAUUGAUAAUUCCGAAAAACAAUCACCUACCGAGAGUAUAAUUUUCGGGAAAAUAAUAAUCUCGAAUUCAAAAACCGGAAAUUAAAAUUGAAAAUCCGUGACGCCAAUUUGUUGGUAAUCGAAUCUAACCGAAAGCUAAUUUUCUCGGCAAACGUGAUGACCGCGGGCUUUAGUAGAUCAUAGAUAUUAAAAAUAAUAAAUAUAUUACGUGUGCGGCUUUCCUGUAAAAUACACGUCACGAUACACGUUUCGCAGCUGUUAUCGCAAAACAAUCAUCAGGGUUCGGGACAUAGCACAAGCAUUUGCUUAUUAUGUUGGUUCGUAUAUUAGUUCUAACAGAACAAUAUAGAAAUUUAGGUAAUUUUAUAACGAGUUUAGUGUUUUUUUUUUUUUUUUGUAUUUUAAUUUUGACAAUUUUUUCAAAAAUGGCAUUUUUAAUAAGUAUGCUCUGAGACACUCUAAAUUGUUAUAGCGUGUCCGGUAAAAGAAAGAGAGCUGCAGGUCGCCCUCGAAACUCGUAUGCAGGUAAGACAAAUUAGGAAUGACGCGAGAGUCAAAACGUUUAAGGAACUUAAAGAAAUAGCGGUAUCGUAGACCAGCCUACGGGUUUAAAAACCAUAUAAUUUAUGGUAGGUAUAUUUUAUGCGAUUUAAAAAGUUUUAUCUGGACGAAAUGAAAACACAUCUAUUUAGAUAAUUUUUCUAGAUAAAACAAUAUUGUUUGACGUUUAAACGCGUACUAGACAGCCGUAAUCGUAAUAUUUUGCACUUAUGAAUAAGCAAUGAUUGUCACAGCGCAGACCUUCGCACAUUUGACACCGUUUUCCGCUAUUUACCGUAAUCGUAUUAUUUACGCUCAUUCUCGUUAGGCAUCUCGUCUGUUGAAAUUGUUAAAGGUUGAGUUGCGUCGUCGUCGUCGUUCACGUAAAAAACAAAUUUUAUUUUAUAUUUAUUGUAAACAUUAAAAGUACCCAACAAAAUGUUGAAAAAAUGUGGGUAAAAUGUCAAACAAAUAUUCAGUAUAAUUAUGAAUUAUUCGAAAAUCAGCAUAGCAAAAACGUAAGGAUUGACGAUACCCGCAUUAUGUGUCUGAUAAUGAUGCACUAGUAAUUUAAAAAAUGAAAAUAACGAAAAAAUGUAUUUUCAUUUUCUAAUAUAUAAUGUUGGAACUGUUUCCCCCCCCCCCGGUUUCGAAAAACGUACAUUCUGUUUCAUACAGUAACAAAUACGAACACCCAAAUCGAUGUUUACUUACGAUUUUCGUUUGUAGUAAAUGUCAAUCGUUUAAAAACGAUACUACACCGAGUAAUACUUUUAAUCUUUUACUCCUACGAUUGAUCGAUUGUACUUACAUUUUACUCCAUUUAUCGCUGUCACUUACAUAUAGUUCUCUGUAUUGCGCCGUAUUAUGUAUUUGUUCCGGUAUCUUCCACUAAUUGUUUCACGAACAGCGUUCUUGAUUAUAUACUUAUCUUUAAUUCGGUUUUUUUUUUCAGAGGAGGCGGCGAAUUUUCAUAAAAUUAUAAAAUAAUAAUUUGUGACCUACAUUUUCAAAUAACUUUUCGCGUGUUUCGACUAUUAUUCGAAAACGAUCGCCAACUUGAUUUUAUAAUGACUAAAAUGUGUUUGGGCGAAACUGGUAUUUGGAGUGAAAUUGGGUAAGGUCGAAUUUUGGGCGAAACGGAUUCCACCUUCCUUUUAAACGUCCUGUGCGUAUUUCUAUCUUAAGCAAAGAACCAACAGAGCUCUUUUCCAGAGCCAGAAUCUUUCAAUUGGGUAAGACUUAGAAUUUGGCAUCAUCGGUCUUAUGAACGCCGUGUCCACGUUUCGAUUCCAUACUUUCUUAUAAUAUUUAAGAUAUACAUUAUAUAGUGUAUACAUUGAACAUGGAAAUUACACGAAAUUUAUCUUGAGUAACACUGUUCAAUGGAUAUUAUUGUUACAUGUGCAUUUUUUAUUCGAUACAUAAAGUAAACAUAAUAUUUUAUUUUAAACUUUUAUUUUGCAUUAGUCUAGCUUUUUCUGCAGCGUAAACAGUAAUAAUAAUUGUUAUUAUUUCGUUCGGAGCUUACAUUAUACGAUGACUGAUGCGUAUUUAAUUCGUUUUAAUAACGCAAAUUACGUGGGCGUAAUUUUUAUGGUUCAUACAGUGUUUCGCGGAGUGUUGUGUGUGCGAACAACAGCAGUCGGUAAUAAUAGCACGACUUUCGUUAUAAACUGUAUAGUUUUCAUUUGGGACUCGCAGUCUAGUGUUUUAAUAUAACGCCUUCUUUUUUUUCAUUAUACAUUCUAAACCUAAAAUUGUCUACGUACAAGCGGAGAUUUUAUACCUUUAUAAAGGGGGGAGGGUUAGAUUAAAUGAUUUUCAGAGGAGACUAAGCACCCCCUAGCCCCUCUCCCCAACCGUCGCUUAUAUUUUUUUGCUGUAUCAAUUUUUCCGUAAUCCCUAUAUUGUUUUCGAUAAGAUAUGUUAUAUACCUAUGAAUACAUGUUUUAAUGUUAAUACGCGCGAUUCGUUUGAAAAUUACUCAAUAAUUACAUCCAAUUUGAACACUGGUUCUCAAUCUUUAUUGAUUCAUGUCACCCAUAUCAACAAUAAACCAAUAUUUAGUCGCCCUACCAAUGCACAAUUCAUUGAAACUAUAGGGUAUUCGAGGAACGGUACCAUCAUUGAAAAUUGAAUGAUAAGGAGGGUAUGUUACGUUGUACGGACUUUGUUAGUGGUUACAUGAUGACGACGGCAACAAUACGAUUGAAAAAUUAAAAGUUGUUUUAUUUUUUUCCGUUUCCCCGACGGGGACUUCGUGUAACCUCUGCACUGCAUACACGACAUUUCACCCUGGUUGGAAACCACUGAUUUAGAGAAACGUAAAUAUUGGUACAUUAUAUUUUUCCUAGUAAAAUAUAUUAUCUGAAGCAUGAUUAAGGGCCGACUCUUGAACUCAUCAUGUUAAUUUCGUUUUUGAUUAUUAUUCGUUUGGCGCGAUACGGUUUUUAAUUUAGGUACGUCUCGAAAUCAACGCGUUGAACUCGACUACUCGAGAGUAAAUUCGUCGACGAAAAAAAAAAAAAUAAUAUUAAACAUGAAAAAUAGUAACAAGUUUAUCACGCGCGCACGGAUAGGUUGUCGUUUUAUUUUAGAAAAUAGACUACAUGUAAAAAAAAUCUCUACAUUGCAUCCAACACACAUCACUCACGCGUUUUUAUUCCGUUUGGUGUGAAAAUUAUCUCGCGUGAAAUGUCAAACGUACACGACAACACCGGGCGGCACUGUAAAAAGACGAUGUAAAAUAACAAUAAAAAAUAAAAACUAACGUUACACCGUGAUUUCCGGGGCUAACGAGAAGACGAAAUUGCAUUAUAUUCCAGUUUUUGAUUGCCUGCUUUGGUAACCGAAUCGCAGUCAGCGUGUUCGCCGUAAAAUCGACGGUUUUAAGACCGAAUCGCUUUACGAUGACGUGAAAGUAAUGACGCGUUAAAAAUAGUCUCCCCCAGCACGGAUUUUCCUCUGGGCCGUUUCGGUAGUAUCGGACAUUUGUACGUCAAUUACGAAACGAACGUCCCCUGAAAUUAUUGCGGUACCGAUGACGAUGAAUCCAAGUCCGAAACGAUACCCACAAAUCUCAAAAUGCAUUAUUUCUAAGAUAAACGUUCGUUUACAGAUUUAAUGCGUUCGGGUGUAAAGUUUUCGUAUUGAGCUCUAUAUGUUGUAUAGUGUGCCGAAAGAAGUCACGUAUCACGGUUAUUAAAAUAUAAUUUUUUUUAUUCGGCCAACCAAACGAAUGAAUAUUUCGAAAUCCGCCGAUUGAUUUCCGAUGCACUAAACAAAUGCUAAAAUGUUCUCGUCGAUCAGUUACUGACCAGUUUUGCAUUUAUGUGACUGUCAUUUAAACUUCGUUCUCAGAAUACUCGGUUGACAAAAAAAUGUAUAAUCGUCGACCAAUAAUUUAUUUCCUGCGAUUGGACCGCGAUUAGUUUUUGUAAAAAAAAUCCAUAGAAAUCGGCCGAUGAUAAUAAUAACAAUAAUAUCAUGGUCGUGACGAAACCUAUGUCAUCUGAAAAAUCAAAAUUAUUUCCCAUUGUAAAAGUAUAACUGUCAAAGUGUCAACUAACAAAAGCACUAUAAUCGACAAUACGCGUAAGUAUUAUAUGAUUAAAACAAAAAUGAUUAUCAUUAGUCAAAAACUGUUUAUCGUACGAUUCGCACGCGUUUCCUCAGUGACCGAACAUCAGUAAUCACUCUCUUACCGACUCGAAAUUGGCGAUCAUACAAAAUUCACUAAACUGUUUACUAGAAAGAGUAACUUGGUUACAGUAACCAACUCGCAAACAUAUUGUCAGUAAAUAUAGUUUUGGUACUCGCGAUGUCCACGCCAAAACACUCAUAUAAUUAUUAUAGUUUCUAAUAAUCCGUGUUUAUAAUUCAUAUCAUAAUCAUGAAUUCGUUAAAAGUUAAUAAACGAGAGAACGAAAGGACGGACAUAUUCCGUUCGUGGAUGCAGCCAAUGUUCUGCGUGUUAAGUUGAGAAGAUAGUAGGGGGGAAUUCGACUGUAUGUAUGUAAGCAACGAUAUACCAUUGCUAACGAAAAACAAUUCCGAGCGGAGUUCAGUUUAUAGUGUUGCUUUGUCAACAAUAUAUUUAUAUAUGCCAUAUUAUGGUAAAAUAAUUACAAUUUUAUGUUUUCUUCGAUAAUACAUGUUUAAUAUCGUACCAAUUUUUCCGUUUUCCCGUGUUUUUCUCGGUUUUACACAUUUAUUGGUAAAACUCCUGGGGAAAAUCGAAAAAUGGCCUCUUUGAAUUACUUCCCCAGUCAGAUUUUCUUUUAGAAAAAGUGCUAUUAUUGUAAACCGGAGCAAGAUUUCUGGUAGAAAAGUUGUCUGUAAAUAAUAAUAAAAAAAAAAUAAUGAUAAAGAUCUUUGUAAAACCAUGAACUUCUUCAUUUCACUCAGAAACUAAAACAUAUUUUCGGACUAUUUUUCAGAAUUUUCAAAAGUACGGUUUAUUGUUUAAUGUAUUUAUAUUAAUAAUUAUUUUAACUAUAGAAACGUUUAUAUCAAAUUUAUAUUAUAAUUUAUUUUAGGCCGAUAAUGUCUCGAUUCUCCCGUCACAAAUUGAUUUUUCGUCUUAUUUUUAUCCAAAUGGCUAAACUUAAAUUCAGUAUUGAUUGAAGUUACAAUAUAUAUGUUUUGGACCUCCUCUCCCGUCGAAAAUAAUUCUGAAUUCGACGUUGUUCGACGACAUCUUAUUUUAAAAACUAUCCGUUAUAAUAGUAAUUAGACAAUAUUUAGAAACGCAUUAAUUGCCCGGUGUGGCGGUAUUGGCUCGUCCAUUUUAUUAUUUAUUUAUUUUUUUUUUUUGUUAAAGCAUACCAUCUGUUACGUCAACAAUAGUAAAAUUGGGUAUCUACUGUUUUUUUUUUUUAACAUACGACUAAUCGAGUAAUUAUUUCGUUCGAUAUUCGAUUUUAAGUAUAAUAUAGGUAUAAGUAUAAUUGUGCACAUCGUAUCUAUAACUUUUCUCGAACCUAUUGUAUAAUAUAACAUAGUAAUAAACCGUACAAUUGACGAUAAAAAAUAAAUAUAUUUUAUACUCGUGGUAUUAUAGUCUUACAUAAUAUUGUUACAUAUAUAAUUACAUUAAAAAAUAAGGCAGUCCGUUACGGGUGUUUUAUGCAUCGUCGCUACUAUAUUAUACUAAAUAUACUCUAUAGUGCUAGUUAUAGUUAGGCUACUGUUGUAGUUGAGAAUUUAGGAAUGUAGAGGGGAAAUUUAUGGUAUAUCUGUACGCAACCAUCAUUAACCAUUACUUACGAAAAACGAUUCCUAUCGGAAUUCGGUUAAUAGUGUUAUUUUAUCAACAAUAUAAAUAUAUAUAUCAUAUUACAAUAAAAUAAUUACAUAUGCAUUAUGUAUGUUUUAUUUAAUAAUAUUCGUUUAAUAUUAUAUCUAUUUUUCCGUUUUUCCCAUUUAUUGGCAAAUAAAAAAAAUUACCUCCCUAAAGUACUACUCUAGUCGGAUUUCCUUCAGAAAACGUGCCGUCUUUUUAAAUCGGAUCAAAAUUGCUGGUAGAAAAGUUGUCCAUGGAAAAAAAAUAAAUAUCACUGUAAAACCAAUACAUUCCUCGCUCUUCUCAGUAUCUAAAAUAUAUACAUGUGUUUUUUCGGGGCUAAAAUAGUUUUAUCCACAUUAAUAUUUCCAAUAACUAAAAAUAUUUAUUUUUUUAAAAGCCAGCAUUUUUUCAAAAAUCGUACAUCGUCUAAAAAAUGUUACUAUUGAAGUUUUUCGUUCUAAGAAUAUUUUUCACCGAAUUACGAGAAGAAAACAAAAUCGAAACUUUUUUUGUCAUUUUCUUAAUUAUAUAGAAAACUACAAGAAAAAAAAACCGACUUCUCCGAUUCACUGACUAGAAAAAAUUUUAAAAAUAUAAUUGUACAGACCAAAAAGCAAAUACUCAUCGUAAUAGUAAAACCAGAAAAUCGAUAAGAUACAUUAAAAAUUAUUGUUCUAUUAGAAUUAGACGUUUAAAGAUUGGUUUGUCAAAUUUUCUCCUAAAAUAGAGACUUUUGCUCUUGUAUUGUAUCUAUUAUACGAUUAUUAUGUUUAUAUAUAAAUUACAUAUAAGUAUAUAUUUUUUUUAACAUUUGGACACAUUUCGUGGCAUCCUUUGACCAAAAGAGCUCAAACUCAAGAGUUUUUUUUACAUAUGGAUUAAAGUAAUAAAAUUUAUAUUGAAUUUUUGUACGAAUACUGUUACGAGAGGAGGGCGUGUUUUAGAUUUUUAUACCACUAAAGAUUAUCUAAAUGCAGCCAAGGAUACGACGUAUUGUAUAUGCACGGUAUAAAUAUCAAGGAUGUGUCUUUUAGUGGUUUCAACAUUUAGCUCCUUUUCUAACCUUUGUAUACUCAGAUUUCUCGUUUUUACUGAAAAUGUCGUAUUUUCAAUAUCCUUACAGACUCUUUAAAGUAAGUAACUUUGUUAAAACGUGUAUACAUGAAUAGAACUGUUGUCGAAGAUUUGCCAUUAGAAUUGUUGAACUUUCGACCCUCUAUCCUAUUGUCUAUUUAUAUUGUAACCGAACUUUUAACAAAUACUUUAUUUAUUUUGAUAAAACUUUGAUAUGGCAAAAAUUCAACUGUGGGAAAUUGUCAACAUUUUUUUUCGUUAGCGUUAAACUAUAAUAAUGUUACAAAUAAUUUAAAGGUUUUACGGAUUGUAUUAUACCUAUAUACCUAAAUGUGCAAUAGAAAUAUGAAGAUUGUCGUUUUAUUAAGAAUUAUUGUCUACUGUUUAAUACGGUUAAUGUGAAAACUAAACGAAAACUCACCGACGAAAAGUAUCGGCGUGAUACCGUACAAAGGUAAAUCACCAUCAUAAUAUUAUUGUAAUAUAUGGCCGCGGUGCAGGAAAACUAGGAAAGCUUAUUAUUUUAAGCAGUUGUGGGAAACCACUGGGAAAACACUUUUUGUUAAGGAGCACCUAAAUAGUAGGUAAACGGGAUAAGCGUGAGGACAAUUUGAACAAGCAACGAGCAGAUAUAUUGUCCGGUCCGUUUGAAAAUGUAUUUUUCAAUAAAUUUAGAGCAUACGACAGGACACCGUAAAGUGAAAAAGUUAUGUCGGAAGGGAGAUCGUGAGGUACCUGGGGAGGACGUUGAUAAAAUAAUAGGCGGAUUGAAAGUCGACGAAAAAAAUGUACUGAACACGUAAUAUUAUUAUUUAACGAGUAUUAAAUAGACGGUUACUUAUGAUAUUAGUAUUCUGUAUACGGCCGAGUUUGCUGAAAGUAUAAACAGAUAACAAACAGUUAAAAAGAUUUAUUUGGCUACGCAUAUCGUUUCUCGCACUCGUCUUCUUCGCACCGCGGUCGACCGAGGCGUUGAGAGAAAUAUAAUAUUUUAAACCAGUAUUUGAUUUUUUUUUUUUUUUUUCGUUCUUUUCCGGCCUAUUACAUGCGUUUGUUUUAAAUUCAGCAAUACUCGUGUGUGUUUUAAACCGUAUGGUUCGUUUAACUUCGUAUUGGGGUUCUUUACCGAUUAUUAGGUAAUUUUUUACACUGCUAUGUUUUGCUGUGGUCGUCUAUUGUUCCAGAUUGAAACCUAUAUUGAAAUAUAUAUAAUAUAUGUAAGAAGACUGUUAACGGGCAACAGACAGUUUCCUAAAUUCAGUGGCGUUAAACCCACAAAUUAUUUUUUGACGGUCAAUUUUUUAAAGUUUAAAUAAAAUCAUUAAAAUAUAGGCGUUUUAUGGUUGGUUGGUUGGUAGAACGUGGUUUACUUCCGAUGUGCAGCUAUUUUAUCGUGAUAGGUUUUGGGCGAUUUGUUUUGGUACUAUCUAGCAAGAGAACAAAAAACUGCNUUUGUCAAAGAAAUCUCAGUUAUAUCCAUGGGUCUUUAAGUUCGUGACAGACAUUACAGAAGGGAUUCAACCCUUCUCUCUCACCGAGCUUUCUUAUUUAAUAGUAAGGGGCAAUUGGUAUACAAGUGUCUUUGAGGAUACUAAGUCAUAAUAGACACGCCUUACAUAUGGUUGGUUGGUUGGUAGAACGUGGUUUACUUCCGAUGUGCAGCUGUUUUAUCGUGAUAGGUUUUGGGCGAUUUGUUUUGGUACUAUCUAGCAAGAGAACAAAAAACUGCACAAACACUGAUUCGUUUCGCUAAAAACACAAAUUGUCACAUCUUCCUUCUAGGCAUUUGAUCUCAUUUGGAUCUCAAUUAGAAUCCGACUAGAAAUUUAGGAUCAAACAAAUCCACGCAAAACAAUAAUAAUUUGUUAUGCAUUACAAUAUUAUCGCGACUAAUGUAAUAAUACCUAAAACAAGAUCACCGAAAUUAACGCAUUAACAAGGAUACAUCAAUUGUAUAUAUAAACAGUCAGUUUGGCGUAUUUUUAGACGUAUGUGAUUUAUAUCUACCAUGGAUUCGUCAUACAGUACAUGCCAUCCUGGUAUAUUCACUUCCGGUUGUAAAAAAAAACCCUUCAAAGCUUAUUUUCGUACCUGUUUUUUAACGUAAAAAAUAAACGAAUUUUACUAACUAUGUGUCAGAACGGAUGACACACGACGACGUUUUUGUCGUUGUAAACGUACAUAAUGUAUUAAUUGAAUGCCAUCGGACAUUUUAUCAUUAACAGCUGCAAUUGAAAUAUUAUUUCAUUUAGGCUGUGAAAAAAAAUAAUAAAAAGCAAACGAGCUUCAACUCAAGGCCGGAUUAAAGUUCGAAUGAUGGGACCCUGUGUCGAACUUGAAACGGGUCUUUUUGUUAUUAUUAUUUGUACGUGCCUAUAUAUUUGUGCUAUACAUAUUUCUAGAUAAAUGAAACAAACGUUAUCUGAGCCGUUAUUCGAGAUAAAUAAUUAAACCAUCUAGAUACAUUUAUCUAUUUAUUAGAAAUAAUAGGUAACAUUUUUAAUUUACAUCAAUGCUUUGUUUGAUAAAUAAAUUAUUAAGUUAUAUCAAUUACAAAAAUCUGAUACAUUUUUGCUACUUAUGAUAGCCAACAAACGAAAUCGCCGUUUUAUUUUGUCUGCAUAAAAAGUUUACCUUUAUCUAAAUUGUUAAAUUGUUAUGUAUCUCAUUUAUCAUAAACGAAGACACAAUAAACCCGUUAGCCCGGGAACCAUGGACUCUCUGGCUCCCCCCCUUAACCGAGAAUUCCUUUGUCGUUUCGUUUGAAAAAGAAAAAUGACGUUGUCCUUGUAAAAAUACUAUAUACAAGUACACUGUAUACCUAUAACUGUUCUAAAAAAAAGUAUGACGGCUCUCCCACCGCGUACAUUCAAAAUCAAAACAAUCGUAAAAAUACUACAAUAACAUUCAAGUACACCGUGAAGUAAUUGGAGGCUAUUAAGUCGAAUUGCGCGUAUAAUAAUAAUUAUAUUGUAAUUUCGCGCAAAACGUCUAAAAUUGUAUCGUUAUACGCGCGAAUAGAACGCACGGUAGUAAAACAAAGUCGUUAACACUAAUAAUAAUUUUACAGUAUGUGUAACUCGUAUUCACUUACAUAUUAUUAUUAUUAUUAUUAUUUGUUGGUCUAUUUUCUAUUAAUUUAUAUUUUACGUAUAAUUCGAAGGGAAAACAAAAUCGGAAUAAUAUACGCCAAGAAUUUAAACUACUGCGUUUCAAUAUUGCGUAUACACUAUACACAUAUAAUAUUAUUAUAAAGUUUUCUAAAGUUUUUCAAAAAUGUUCCGUUUUUUUUUUUUUUUCUGUCCAAUAGUGUAUUAAAAUUUUUGGUAUGGUUUUCGCAAAAAUGUAAAUCAUACGUAUCAGUGUUCGGUGUUGGUCGUUCUACAAAACAUGAUAUAAUUACUUUUAUCACCAUUGCAUUUAACCGAAUAUAUUAUAACAUAGGCAUAAGUGACGUAGCUGGAGAUUUAAGCGUCCCGGAGCAAGUUCAAAUUGUUCAACUCCGCGCCCUAAUUGUUGGUACUUAUAGUUGACAUUUUUCUAUUUUGAUAUUUACCAUAGAAGUACUUAAAAAUCAAAAAAGGCCAAGCUCAAAAAGAAAAAGAUAUCGUGCUUAAAACAAAAAGAAGACGACCUUUAAUCGCAUGGAUAUCGAUAUUUGCUAAGAUUUUGGUUUCGUCGAUUCCAUCGAUUACCAGCAUUUAAUAGCGAUUCUACGGCAAACCGGGUUCAAGGGUAAAACGUAUUAAUCUUCUUCUCGAUAUAGUUAUUAUAUGAGUUAUAGACGGAUGCAUAAGGUAUAGAUUACUUAUUGGGGGGAGGGAGUAGUUCUGAAUAUUUGUAAUAGGAGUGAAUCGGGAGUUAAAAAGUAGUUUCGAACCACUAGUAGUAGCUGCAGUAGUUUCGAAAUAAUGGUAUCCUCCAUACUGCCCCACCUCUUAGCUAUGCCCCUGCCUGUAGCUAUAAUUAUUAAUCGACACGAGUAUUAUUAUCACUUAGUAAAUAUUUUUCAAACAAUGUGACUAACACCGUUCGUCGGGCGGACGAAACGGCGGGUGUUCGGCAAAAAUAAAACAAUUCAAUAUUGUUAUUAUUUCGUCCAAACACUCGUCCAGUCGUCUCGUGCCGGUCACUCCGACCAACUAUAGCAAUCUGUCCACGAGAUAUCGGCGGUUAUUUUACAAUACGCACGAUUAGUGUGACAUCAUAUUAUUUGAUUGCAAUCAUUAUCAAGUACGAUUGGACACAAACAAUUAAAAAUGCGCAUGUAAAAAUAUGAGAUGCAAAGUAACUUAAGAUUAGUUUUAUUCUACAUUUCAAGUAUUUAAAUACUCAUUUUAUCGCGAAAAAUCUCAUUUGAGUAUUUAUUUUAUUAUUAAUAAUAGCCAAAUCUUAGUAGGUACGUAGGUACUCGUACUUCAGUACAACAUGAGUGCGUUUAAAAAUAUAUCAUGCGUGUUUUUAACGGUAAAAUAAUUAAAACGUUUGGAUCCGAACGAUCAAAUCAUUACUGACAACAUACAGUCUGAUACGAAGAGCGUGACGUAAACACCAAUCAAGCGUAUUUGUUUUCUUCGAUUUAAUCACGAGCUACCCACUACUGUACCCACUAGUUACUAUAGUAUUAUAGUGUUACACUCGCUGCUCGCGCGACACAUUUACGCGGACGAACCCGUUAGAAACGACGCGCCGCGCGUUCACCUCCCGUACACAGAGGGAUCCCUCGCAUUGAUAAUAAUUAUUAUCACCGUAAGACGGAGAUUGUCGUCGUCGUCGUCGUCGUCGUCGUUGUCGCCGUCGGUGGGAUCCUCCGCCGCUGGCCCGAAUCCAACGAGAGGACGAAUAAUGAAUACACACUCGCCCUCGCCUUCACCCUCCACCCUCUCCCUCCCCCCCCAUCCUCCUCCCGCGUCCCGGUAGUACGCUACACACGACUAUUUUGGUAUACACGGUUACACGUGGCCACGACCGACACACCGUGACGACCGUAAAGGAGAACCGACACGAGAGCGACAUGCACUGGGGACGUCGCCCUCUAACGACUGAAAUGCGCGACGGGACGCCGCGACCCGCGACCGCAAUCACUCGUCUGAGGAUCGCUAGCAGAUAAUAAAGAACGGAUACGCCGUAACGAACGCACGGCUACGCGAGGGACACGGAGACACGGAGAUACUGCCCCGUAGCCCCUCUCUCUAGCCGCCGAAAGUAUUUUGAGGUUAUGACCAAACAAAAUGCUAUUCCAUGAUUCGUGAACGGCCGCUGUAAUUUCAAGAUCAUCACGACAAUUCCGAAUCUUCUGUUGCGAUGUUAUUGUUGAAAAGAAAUUCUUCGCGGCUAUUAGUUAUUAUCAAAAUAAAAAAUAUUUUAACAACAUAUGUUCCCGGCCGGGGAGGCGCAGAGUCGACAGUCUAUCGUUCUCUCUCUCUCGUUCCGGAAUACGGCCGUCGACGGUCCGCGCGCCGUUAGUACGCGAGCAGCGUACUGUAAACUUCACGUUUUCCACUAUCGGGCGACCACUCCGAUCGCGUUGUCGAAACGAGACCGCCCGAUAGCGCGCUAUGUUUCCGCGGACGAUUUUAUCACGCGGUCUCCGGCCGUUUGCGCGACGUAAUAUUUGAAUGAUAAAUUACGACGCGAGUUAAGACGCGUUCGCCGUGAAUACCAGACACCCGGUAAUUGCGCGGCCAGAGACCCGGCCGCGCAACGUUGGCUCGUGUCCAACGCGAGGACGAACAGUACCGUCACUAAAUCGCUGUCGGGUCGGUCGUGUAGAGUGUUCCGCCGUGCGGUUUCGUAUGUUAUGUUGUAACGCUGCGCCGCGAGGAGUAGGGGUGGGGAGGGGAGACUGGAAGACAUUGGCCGACGACCGGAACGGCGCGACGAUCGGGGACCGCGUGCCCCGAAAAGCUGUCCGCAGAACCGGAAGAAGUGUACGCAUUACGGUCGACGGAUAUUGCGCGCGAUGUUUGAAUACCGUCAUCGCAGUUUCGGCGAUUGCCUGUCCGCUGUUAUGAUCGGCGCCAUUGCUUUCAACGUAGCGCGAUUCAUUUCGGCCGCGCCGAAUUCGUUUUUAUUUUUUUUUUUUUACAAAUAUAGCACAAAAUUCGCUUUUGUUCAAAAUUGAUGCGCUAUUUUUUCGACUUGAUAAACGCAACUAUUUCCAAUUUAUUUUCGUUUCCGUCAAAUUACGCACACCCAUUACUUAAAUAAAUCAUUCCGUUCUAUAAAUAAAUAAUAAUAAUAAUAAUAAUAAAAAUAUUUCGAUAUUUGAUAUUUCCCGUUUAUGAAUAGGCACCAAGAAUUUAUUUACGUUUGACGUUUCCGGUAAGAGGAAAAGAAACAAUUAUAUAUUUACCAGUGGCGUAACUAUCGGGUGGCGUGACGGGCAAUCAGCCGUGGGCCCGUGAUAUUUAGUGGCCCCAAAUCAGGGCCCGGGGCAUUAUUGGACAAGCAAAGGCCUUUUGAAAAAGAACUUUUUUUUUUUUCUUAUCGGCUUUUAUACAAUAUUUUGUCACGGGUAUUCGAAGUUCUAGUUACGCCAAUGAUAUUUACAUAAUGUAACUCGUUCACAGUUUGUGAGUUUCAAAUUUUAUUUAACAACGUUUUAUUAUAAAAAAAAAAAACGUUUAUUUUAGGUGAAAAUGAAAAUCACAAAACUAUAAACUAUUUUAAAUUUCAUUAAAUUCACGAUUUUAUUUGGUAAAAACUAAAAAGAAGUGAAAUUUCCAAUGUUUUUUAAGACAAAUUUAAUAUUAUCACGUUAUAAUCUAGGCGUCUAUCGAAAUAAAGCCAUUCGGCAGCAGUAUCGCUACAAUAAAAGGUGGCGCGCUAUACUUUCAAUCGCCGAUUAUAUUAUUUUAUUUACGAGUGUAUACGAAAAAAAAGUCGACAAUUCUCUCCGAGAAACAAACACCGUCCGCCAUGUCCAGAAGACGCCGACGAAUGCGUGGCGACCGGAACUCGUAAUCUCCGCUGUACGACCUCGUAUAUGGUACGGUCGUAAUCAUAUUUCAACACACAUGGUACGAACGAUGAGCAUUUUUACGUAUCGGAAACUGUUUUUGUUUUUUUUAUUGUCAUUUACACCGUUUCCUGAACUCGUAUAAUAAUCGUUUUUAAACGUCCGUAUGGUUACUAAAUAUUUGGAUAUCUGUGUGCGCGCGCGCGUGUGUGUAAAAUAUGUAUAUAAUACCUAGAGUAAUAUUAUACUCACACCAGCCGAAUUCCGUGUGUGUAUUUUCGUAUGAAGCGGCACGUUUUACACAGAGCCGCCCCCACAUGUGGCUCUGGUGUACCGAAACGGCUGCUGCGUUGACACACGCAUAUAUAGACGACUCUAUGCGCUGUUCCGAACAAAAAAACCAAAAAAAUAAUUAAUAACAAAUAAACACGAAAAUAAAAAACGGAAUUAGAAUAAAAUAUAGCGUCGGAAGUUCUUCGGGGAAACAAUAAUUGCAUCUACGGACUCGCACAGAGACACGGUCUCAACCGAGUGAAUUGAUAAGAAACAAUUAUUGUAUCACGGUAUUACGGUAUACAAUUACUUAAUAUGGAGCGGAAACAUGGCCAUUAAGAAAAACCGAGCAAUGGAAACUGAUUGCAGGCGUUGUGAGAAGAAAAACUCUACGGAUAAUUUUUGGAUCAGUGAAACAGAAUGAAACCGGUGAACGGAAAUUAAGAAAAACGAUUUAAGGGGUUUUUUUUUUUUGUAGAAAUCGGAACUGUGAGCUGAACACGCUUGGUGAGGUCAGCGUGUACGCGUGGUCGUGGAAGAGAUACCGGUAGAUAUAAGGCACCCCUUGAAAGGCUCCGUUCGAAAUGGAAAUACAUGACGGGGGGAGGGGGAUGCGCGGAAUCCCUCGGGCUUAUAUCGCACUUCGCGUAGCAGCCUCAAGGGCGAUGGGUGAAUCCUUAAAGAGCCCGAGCGAUUUGCACCGUUAAAACACUUUUAACGAUUUCUAGCUCGUGUGAUUAAUAAAAAGGUAUCGAUGAUAUUCAGCAACGCGAUUGCUAUAUCGACAAUAUAAUGUUGCACAAUAAAAGCAAUGUGUGUAUAUAAUUUUUUUUUUUUUUAAAAAAACGACAUAUACGUAUACAAAAUUGUUCACACACACACACACACGGAUCGUUUUGUGUGGGAACACUGAAGAUUUCAGUUUUGAACAUAAUUUUUAUAUAAUAACACGCGUAUAUUAUAAGUAUAAAGGUGUUAACGCAGUAUAAUAAAAAGCCAUCUGUACACAAUGAGAAACAGAUGUAGAGGCAGAAGUACAUAAUACGCAUGCAACAACGGUUAUGAAAAUAAUAAUAUAAUGUUCAUAAAAAAAAAAAUAUAUAUACAUAUAUAUAUAUAGACAUAAAAAAUAAUCCGCCCUCUGUCCUCGUUAUCUGUCUUGGGUACGAAACGAAGUUCAUUACCAUUACGUGCAUGUCGUGCGAUCAAAAUACACUUGCACGGUUUUCACGGAUACUAAUAUAUCUCCUAAACGCGCUCCAUAUUUCGUCCGGUUGGUCUGGUCAGGAAAUUUACAUCCGCGGACACUGGCGGUCCGAUUAAAAGUACAGGGUAAUUAGACGUGUGUACACUGGCAUACCUGUAUUAUAGGUUUUACAUCAAAUCGCUGAAAUUAACUGAGCAAGUGGGACGCGUGGAAACACUAGAGCCGAAUCGUAGAGAAAAAGGGCGAUGCGCGAAGAUGCGAAUUGUGACCGUGUUAUUAUUGUUGAGUAGCGUGCAUCGCGAAUCGAUAACGAUUUCAGACGUGUUAUUCGGAUGACGGAGGUUCGAGAGAAACCGACCAAAGGAUACGUUAUAAUGCAAGGCGUACGCAGCGACAGGUGUUGCUGAGGUGGAUCCCCGAUUCGUUUUACGGAGCGCCGCGGAGAAGACAUUUUUUUUUUAAAAUUCCACGGACGUGACUGUUUUGUAAUAACUGUAGUCGUGAUACGGCGGAACGCACACAAAGGGUUUCGCGACCUCGACGUUAAAGGCGACGGGAGCCAAACGUUCGUUUUGCACGCGUUCGGGCUUCGGUUGACGUUUGGCGAGAAAUUGCAUAUUGUUGGAUUGCCGCGUUUAAACGGUGCGAUCGGGCGUACGAUAAAAUGCACACUUUCAGUUAUUUGUUCGGGCAUCGAUUAUUGCCGCAUAAACCGUCGAAACGAAAACACAUCAACGCGUUCGUUCCGUGUGCGAUUUUACGGGGACAGAACAAUAAUCGAUGUUUAAUAACAGUUAUAAAAAACGAAAACCGUCGUUGUUGUACGUCUUGUUUACCAUAUUAGUAAUUUUUAUUUUCGCUUUAUUACCCACUGUGUAAACAACAGCCCAUAAAUGUUUUCGCAACACAUUGCCAACAUUUUUGUACGUUUCCUAAACUAACGCAUUGUUCCGUAGCAGCCCGUAUAUCUGUCAUCGUCCGCGUCCACUGCGGGGGCUCUUAAAAUAAUUGUACCGAAACCAAUAAUCACACGCGGCAACGUUUUCCUAUUGCACUUACGGGUUUUCGGAUGGUUUUACCUAUGCAUUUACCCGAGUGACGAAACGCUAAUUUUAAUAAUGCAAUAAGUGGAAAAACGGAGCGAGGAGGAAUUUGUAUUAGUUUCACAGUGAUUGUGUGCUAAUUUAUUUUUAUUGUUUGUAGUGUCUGUAUAAAUAACUUUUCUACCAGAAAUCUUGUUCCAAUGAAAAAAAAAAAAACCAUUUUUAAUGCGUUUUUUUUAAUGUAGUCAGUGCACUAAGAAAGACAUUAUUUUAAUUUCCCUUGCAGUUUUCCCAAUAAUAGGAAAAAAAUCGAGCAAAAUAUAAACGUUACGAAUAACGAGAAAAUGUAUACGGUUUUAUUAUUUUUGAUUUUCUAUUUUAGUAACUGGGUUAAAAAUAACCAUAGACAUCUACAAUUUUCACGGAAUACUCAUAUUCGCAAUCUGUUCUAGACGUGAUCCAGUAUAGUAUUUUGUGAAAAUUUCAGGUCUCUUCGGUUAUUUGGUACCAAAUUAUAAUAAUAAAAAACGGACAUACUUUGCACAAUGGGUAGGCCACUGUUAUGGGUGAGAAGUUGGGAGGAUAGAGGAGAAAUUAAAUGUAUAUCUGUAUGCAAAAAUAAAUCAUUGCUAACGAAAACUAUUCAGAGCAAAGUUCGGUUAUAUAUGUUUCGAAAGGUCGUAAAAUUUACUAUUUUGGUUAAAAUUUGAUUUUAAAAUUCUUAUUUAAAAAAAAAAUAACAAUACAUUACACUAAUUUUAUUUUUUUAACCACUAACUUACGAUUGAUAAUGAAUCUCCUGUCAAAUUUUCAAGCAUUUCUGUUUAGUCCAGUAAUUUUAUCCACAGAGUACCUACCAAAUAAAAAUUACUUACAAAACUCGAAAAAUUAAAAUGUCUAUAAAUAGCUUAAAAAUGGCUUAAAUGUUUUGAAAAAUUUACCGCGUUUAGAAAAAGCAAAUAUAAGUUUUCUGACAGUCCCUACGGAUAUUUUUAACUAAAUUUAAAAUAAAAAAAAUAUUUUCAUAAAUUUCCUAGUAUGUAUUUUUCAUUUUUCCUUGAUUAUUUAAAAAACUACAUUAAAAAUCAACAAAACGAUUUUCUUGGUCUCCAACUAGAUUAAAAAUGGAACGAAAAUGUCUUUUGUUUUUUUCUAUUGGAAUAAUAUUUUUUAUAGAGAACAUAAGCUGUACAAAUUUAAUAUAAAUGCGUUGGAAAUUUAAAAAAAAAAAUUGUAUUUUUGUCUUUUUUGGUUUUUUCCCAAUUAUCUUGAAAAAUAUUGUAGAAAUCAAAAAACGACUUUCUUUGUGAAGGGCUAAAUAUUAAAAGGAACAAAAUCGAUCUUUUAUUGUUUUUCGAGCAAUAUAUCUGGUAGAAAAUAUUAAGAACAAAAAUUAAAAACAAUGAAUUCGGUAACGCUAUAUCGCGUCACGCCGUAAAUAUUUGCUGUUUUACUUAUACAUUUUUUUCGAGUUUUUUCCAAUUCUUUCGAAAACAUUUUGGAAAAUUAAUAAGUGACGUCUGUCAUACACCAAUUAGACAUAAUUUUCUUUUCAGAAAAAUGGUUAGGUGUACAUCAGAGCAAGGUUUAUUUUCGGAAAGUUUUUUACAGACAGAAAAUAAAAAUCAUAGUAUACUCCUUCGCCACGCUCCGAAUCUAAAAAUGGUUAUAACAUUAUUACAUUUGUGUAUAUUUGGUGGUAUAUACACAAAUUGCAUGUUUUUUAAUAAUAAUUAUUAUUGCAUUCGCGGGUAAACUAUACAAGUUUUCGAACCCUAUGGGACUUCAGUCGAUAAUGUGCAGUUUUUAUUACAAUAUGUAAAUGAACUUUUAAAAAGAAGGAAAUACUUCGCACGUGGGUGCAGCCACUGUUGUAGAUGGAAAGUUGGAAUUUCAUCUAUAUCUGUAAACAACGAUAAACCAUUGCUAACGAAAAGACGAUUCUGAGCGGAGUUCGGUUGAUAGCGAUGCUUAAGUGUGGAACAAAGAAAUAUAAUAUAAAGAUUAACAGUUAAAAGAAUGUGCUGAAAUCUAAGUUUAUUUUAUUUUAAUUUAGCUCAGUCUAUAGUAUUGCUUUUUCAACAUUGUGUGUUUCCAUGACAACAAUUUUUGUUUAAAAAAAAUUUUUUUUAACAAUAAAAACGGUGGCUAAUGACAACCUUAUUUUUAAUAAUAUUUUCGUCUAAAAUCUUUGAGCAUUUUUACGGUGCAAAAAAGGUUUCGUGAACAUAAAUCAGAUGAUAAAUGUUGAUUAAUUUUUCCCAAUUUUUAUAAAAAAACCUUUUUGAUCAAUCAAAAAUCGACUUUCUCAACGCAUCUAGGCAUUUUCCGAUCGGAUCGAGUUUCCUGGGAUAAAAAUGGUUUGCAGAUUCGAGAAAAAAAAAAUACGCGUACCCAAUAGGAUAAUAAAAUUUCUACGGUAAACGUCUAAUGAAAAAAAAUAAAAUAAACGAAUCGAGCGUAGGACGAUCGCCACUGUUUGCGCGGCACGGCGGUGCGACGCAACGGGUCUUCCGCCGCGUUUUUCGCGACGCGCUAACGGCUCGCCACCGCGGACAACGUCCGUUCAUUGUGUUAUUCGGGGCGUUGUAUUGUUGCGUGUGCCUGUUGCGUUGCGCACGCCGCGGCGCUCGGUAACCGCGCGGUUCGGGAACGGGUCCAACGUUUGUUUAUUGGGAAAAAUCAAUAGUCCCGGGGACGGGACCGUUGCGGCAACAAUAUUCGCGUAGGUCGGGCGGGCCCGCGGACGAAAUAUCCCCGCGCGCGCCGCGUCGCGAUACGGCAGUUCGUUUUUAUUAUUUUCGACGUCCGAUCGGAACGAAAAACCGACGUUUACGGCCAUCCGGUCGGUAAACAAACUCGGCGCGGCCGCGCGAUGCGUUUUCCGAUAAUCGUAAAAACAACGUAACGGCCGUUACGCCAUCCGUACAGCGCCGGCGGUCGAUUCGAAUUUAAUCGAUCGGCACGGGCGAACAGAAACGACACGGAGCGUGGACCGCGCGAUUUGUCGGCGCGUCCGUUUUCACGCGCGCGGUAAAGCGAUCCGCUCGGAGGCCGUAUUUUUACUUUCCGCUUUUACCCGGGGGGGGGGGGGGGGGUCGCGGGCCAGGUUCCAGCCGCACGCGCGACUAGUGCCCGAACUAUACCGGGGGCCGCCGGAAUUGUGGUAGCGCGCGCAAACCCGCGGGGCCACGCUCCCGCAACCCCAGAUACCAACGUGACUCUGACCUUAAAUUCAUAAUCACGAUAACCGUUCUCAAAUGUACCGUGAAAACAUAUGCACGCCAGUGUAAUACACAGUGAUUUACUCGGCUGGAAACGCUCGUUAUCUCGGAAAGUGUUAACGUUUUCAGGAAUUUGUUUUAAAGAAUAUUUGAAAAAUUAACAACCAGCUCUAUAAUUUUACACUUGUAUUGUUUUUUUGUCACCCUUAUUUUUUGGGGUAAAACCACCACAUCUACUUUUGAUUUUAAAAUGGCAACUUAUAUUAAUAAUGCAUACAAACAGGUGGAGUAUUGAAGUUGAAAUAACUAGAGUAAGAUGAGUUUUGGAUUUUUUUUUUUUUUAACCGAAUCGACUUUCAAAAGUUGUACUCGACCAACCUUCUAAACUAAACAUUAAUUCCUUUGCACAAUAUACUUUAGUGUCACGAUGGCAAUUUAUUUUGGUAAAUUCGAAACGCGGAUAUUCUUGUCGGAAAUAUAUGGUACUUGAAUAUAUUUAGUUAUAACAUUUAUUAAUUUUUUUUUUUCGAAAUAUAAAAGUGUCGCGUGUACACGAGUACCAAAAAAAAAAAAAAAAAUAAAUAAUAAAUAAAUACAAAUGUAUACAUAUUUGCCGAAUCGAGUCGAUAUUACCAACUCGACCAACGCUUGAUAUACGCUAUCCAGUGUUAAUCAAUUGGGUCGACACGAAUUGAGCGGCUUUUGUCUGACGUAAAAAUAUCUUGUUGAUGUGUGCGAUAGUUUAGCGGUGUUGAUAAAACGAAAUAUUUUUCCAGAUACGAAAAACGAAAUGAACGACGGGACGGAAACCGAUUACCGGGCGGUUAAGAAGACCAAAUACGCGGUGAUUAUGUUCAUUCACGGCGAGUCGUUCGAGUGGAACUCUGGCAACCCAUACGACGGCUCCGUGCUAGCUAGCUACGGCAAAGUUAUUUUUAUCACGAUCAACUAUCGCGUGGGCGUUUUAGGUGAGUAUUAUUUUUCCGUAUGUCACACCUGACACGUGAGCGUCUAUAUCAUAUAUAUGUAUGUAUAUAUAUGUAUACAUAUGUUAUGCCCCAUCGGCGAAUCUGCCCAAUUCAUGAAAAAUUACGUUAUAUUUAUACUUUUCGUUCAUUUCACGCUGUUAGUUUUAACGUUAGAAUGCAUUUUCUCAUUGUCAUACGCGUAAGGGUAAGACCAUGUCUAUAUUAAUUUCGCGUUGGCUUUUUUUCUCGGUGUUUUAGGUUUUUUAACGAGUCACGGCGAUUUUCAGUUCAUUAUAUUUCACAUAUUCGUAACCAACCUGAAAAUAUGAAACAUUUUCUGUAGGUUUGACAACAGAUAAAUACACCCUAAUGUUAAAACUAAUAACCCAAAAUGAACGAAAAGUAUAAAUACAACGUAAUUUCAUGAAUUGGGCAAUUUUACCGAUAGUGUGUACACAGUAUUGACCGCGGUAUAGUCGAUUGUCGAACAUAUUUUAGAUUCCGAGUGGAGCUUGUAGCUUCUUUUUAUCUGUGAGCAACUUUUCUACCAGGAGACUUGCUCAGAUUUUUAAGUGUAGCACCUUUUCUGAAAAAAAAUCGGUCUGGGGAGAUAGUUUAAAGAAGUCAUUUGUUUGGUUUUCUCAUCAAAUUUAAAAAACCGGGAUGAACCAUAGGAAAACUUUGGAAAACUGGGAAAAUCCGUACAACAUUUAACAAAUAUUAUUAAAUAAAAUGUAUAAAACGACAUAUAUGUGUAUAUUGUCGACAAAGCAUCACUAUCAACUGAACUCCGCUCAAGUUCAUUUUUUCGUAAGCAAUGGUUUAUAUCGUUGUUUACAGGUAUAUAUUAAGUUAUCUAUAACAGUGGCUGCGUCCAUCAUUAUUAUCUUGGAACGUUUUUUUCGUUACUCGUAUGUACUACUGCAUAUUCUGCUCUCGUUCCUCGAGAAAUUUUCUCGUAUACCGAAUAGUUCAGUUUUACCAUUAAACAUUGAGUCGCUAUUGGAUUUUUAAGAUAUUUUAUCCGUUUCAAAUCAAAGUACUUGAUUCAUAUUUUGCGCCACCCAUUCAUCCCGAAAAUAUUUUCCAGACUGCUACACAUAAUCUUAGUAUUAUCGCAGUAUUUGUCAAUAAGACGGCUGAGUUAAUGAGACAGAGCGGCACGAGAAGAAUUAAAAACAAAAUACGAUAUUAAUAACUUUGAGAUAUGUAAGAUUAUAAAUAUUAUACCACUAUAAUACCAGUACACAAUAAAAUCUCUUACCGUUUAAACAAUUUAAAAAAUCCCAUGUAUGUCGCUUUUGUGUAGUAACAGUAUCAUAUAAUUAUUAUCCGUAGUUAGUUUUGAUUAAAGUUAAUAAUUAUGUUUUAUAGAUACGGUUUAUCAAUAAAAAAUAAUUCAUUUUGUAAACAGUAUAAUACUUUAUUUCGUAUUAACGUUCACAUUUGAUACUCGUUAUAAAGUAUGAAUACAAUAAUGAAAAUAUUAUUAUUGAAUCAUUUGAAUCUGAUAUCGAGUCAAUUGCCCAUUCCUCGGUAACCAUUCCGGAAACACUAAUAUCAUCAAUACCAUCAAAAUAACACCACGUGCGCAAAUUUGUCACCAUAUACAUGCAGUGCGUUUGCUACAACAGCCUUUUUCAACAUGGGGGUCGCGACCCACAAAGAGACCGCGAGUGAUAGUUGGAGAGUCGCCAAAAACCAUAAGUAUCACGUAUACUAUAAAUCGUAGUAUUCAAGUUACAUUAAACAAUUUUUGAAUGGUUCGCCUUACACGCGAAAAAAAACUAUUAGAGGGUCGUGAUUCGUGAAAAGCCGUAAAAACCACUGUGCUGCAACAUACGAAAAAAGCCCUUGGUCGACCGUGUAUAUGGUGUAUAAAGGCCGAGCUUAUUUAACGUAUUUAAUUUAUUAACGAAUUAAUUUUUUUCCACCUACUAGAAGAAGCAAGAGUCACGAUUUCUCCGCAAAUUAUAAAACGAAAAUAAUAUAAUCGCUUCGUAUAAUAUCGGUUACGGAAGAUUUAUUAUACACCUAUUUACAGAGUCAUUAUUUUUAUCGUGAACCGGCAAUUAUCUCAGAGGAUUUUAAGUGAAUUUGAUUUCUUUUUUUUUAAUCAUUAUGGAAUCGUUUAUGCUUUAUUUUAAAACGAUUAUUAACUGUUUAUCCCUACUCUAUAAACCUUAAAUAAGUGCAUACUUUUGAUUUUAAAAUUAGGGUAAUAGAUGGGCAAUUUGUUACCUUUCUCUACUCCUCCGAUCUAAACUUUAAACUGUUAUAACUCUUAAACGGUAAAUGUGAUAUUGUGUUAUGCAAAUCAAAAUGUCUAUACAAAUAUUCUCUAUUCAAAUCUGUGUUUAAAAAGGGGGGGUUCCUAUAUAAAAAACAAAAAUAUGUACUUAUUUAAGAUAUAUGGAGUAGGCGUAAAAAAUUAAAAAUGGUUUUAAAAUAAAGCUUAAACGAUUUCAUAAUGAUUAGAAAAAACAGAAGUCAAAUUCACUUAAAAUCCUCCGAGAUAAUUGCUGGUUCACGAUAAAAAAAACAUCACCCUGUAUACAUUUUUUUUUUUUCUGAACCAUAUAGCCGCAGUUGUGUUGGGAGCGACCCAAAAUAACUGUGCGUGUAUUAUAUAGGUGAAACGGAUCUAUAUAAUAUUAUAUUAUACUUACUUAUAUAUUACGUAGGUACGAAUUUUGUUUAGGGUUUUUGAAGUCCAACGGCGGAGACAUUCCGGCCAGUAAUUUCGGCCUGUUGGAUCAGAUGGCCGCUUUGGAGUGGAUCAAGAAUAACAUACAAGCUUUUGGCGGGAACCCAAAUGCGGUCACGGUGAUGGGACACGGUACCGGUGCGGCUUGCGCGAAUUUCCUAAUGAUGGCGCCACCGGUCAAUAACAAUAGUGAGUGCAAGAUUGAUACCUAUACCUACGUAUUACGGCAACGUACUGUGUUUGUUGGAAAAUUAAUAAUAAUAAUAAUAACAAUUAAAAAAUUUAAAAAAACCGGUAUUUUCGAUACGAUCGCUGUAUCGGUGCCAAAAACUAAUGUAUAGGCACCUUUAAUCACGACAGAAUAUCGAUCGUUUCAAUAUAAUACUAUGUAUGUUACAGAUCUAUUCCAAAGGGCCAUACUGAUGAGCGGUUCCGCGUUGUCCGAUUGGGCGUUGGUGAAAAAUCCCAUUCUGAACACCAUACAGGUCGGACAGUCGUUGAAUUGCGGGCCCGGCGGAAACGAAAAAUUCUUCGACUGUUUGCGGAGGAAACGGUUCACGGACUUACUGUCGAUCAAAAUGUACUUGCCGCCGUUUGUAACCGUGUUCGGGCCGAUGGUCGACGGCGUGAUGAUCACCAACGAACCGUUGCCGCUGUUGAAAGAGCACAAGAAUUUGAUAAACAAGUACUUGACACGCGAUCAAACACUAUUUUUUUUUAAAUUUCGUAUAACGUUUUAAAUUUAUUGAUUGUUCAGUUUUAAAAUACUGGCCGGCGUAACGGAAUACGAGAGUUACCACUUGUUGGACAGCGUGUCGCUAGCGCACGGUAUGUUGGAAAACGAACAGCACAAAAUGUUGUUGGACUAUAUGAAAGCCAAGUUCGAAGUAAAUUACAUAAUUUUAUUCAUAAUGCCCGCAAUACUUACAUUGAAUCGAUAAAUACAUUUGUACGUUUCGUUUCCAAAGCUAUUUCCUGAUCUUACAUUAACGAACACCUUAACGCAGUACAACGAACGCGAUCGAACGUGGUCGUCGUCCGGGGCCAUAGAAAAUCGAGAUAUUCUUUUGGAAAUCCUCAGCGAUGCCAUGGUUGUAGCCCCUUUGAUCCAACUUGCCGACAUCCAAUCGGAAGUUAAUGAUCACACGUUUUUCUAUGUUUUUACUCAUAAAAAUGUUUUAAACGAAUAUGACGUGGUAAACCAUUGAUUAUAAAUAACAAGUUCUCGAAUAUAAUUAAAAUGAUCCGUCUAUAUUGUGUUACCAUUAUGAUUAUUAUUAUAUUGUAGGUAAGAAAAAGUAUCAACGGGGAGGAUUUACCAUACGUUUUGGGCGUACCUUUGGGUGGUAAUACUAUCCACCUUAAAACUCAAUAUGAUCAAAAGGAAAAAAGAUUAUCAGAAAUGAUUAUGACUUAUUGGAGCAAUUUUGCUAAAACGGGGUAAAUUUUUAUUUUUAUUAAAAUGUACCUAUAUUAUAUUGUUGUGAACGCUAAUUACACUAAUUAUUUUACGAAUUUUAUUUAGAGACCCAAAUUUUUCAAAAAAAUCGUACCAAAAUGAAUUGAAGGCGAGUGUAAGAUGGCCAAAAUAUAACGUUGUAAAUCGUGCUUAUUUGGAACUAAGUUAGUAGAUAAUUAUUAUUGAUUUAAAAUAUUCAAUUUACUUACUUAAUAGGACCUUUUUAUAUAGUUGUUAUUUUAAUUUAUUUCAGAUUUAACUAAUCGAGUAAAAGGCAAUUAUAGAGCAAAUAAAUGUAAAUUUUGGAACGUGGAUCUUCCACAAAGGAUAGAAGAAAAGCGACAGAAAGACGCUGAACAAUCAAAAACAUCGUAUCCUACAAUAACCGUAAUACCAAAGGAGCCAACCCCUCCGUGGAUUGAACCACACUUUACCCUACCCACCAUACCUCCAGAAGACCCAAUGAUAAUAUCUAACGAAUCCUUAGAAGAUCUCAAUCCCGGUGAAGAACCUUCGGCCGAACCAUCCGACAAAAAAACUCAAGAAAACGUCGAAGCUUCGUCGUCCGUGGUCGUAUCCCUUAUUAUAAUUAUUGGAAUUCUUUUUCUAUUGGUAAACAUAUGUGCGUUCGGAGGAAUAUAUUACCAAAGGGAUAAGCUGAGGGUUAGAGAACGGUUGUUUAAUAACAGAUUCCAGUGUAAUGGUGCGAACACCAGUCGAACAUUUGACGAAGAUGACGACGACGUUUACAUGAAAACCGAAGAACCAGAAAUAGCAAAUGUACACAAGUUCAAUAAGACCCAAGCUUAUGACUCAGUAGCGUUGGCUAGUGUCAAACCGGAAGCCAUUGGCGGUAAACGAUUAGGCAAGUGGACAGAAAUAUCUAGACAGAGAAGUAGCAGUUCGGUCACUAUGGACCCACACACUAGGGUCAAGGAGUGGAUAAAUACGGAGAUAAUACAAAGGUAUUCGCCGAGGAUAUUGCGAAGGCAGCGGAGGGAAGAUAAAAAAAGACAAUUGGUUUGUGCCGAAGAUCCGUUGAUUAUGACACAAAAAGCGGUCGUUGCAGCGGACUCUAAAGCCGAGAAAUCGAGAAACAAAGUAAUCGAUCAUGCAAAUAGUUUUAGGUACUUGAGUUUUUAAUUUUAAUAUCGAUUAAAUCUUAUGUACAGGUUUCGGUGGCUAUUGAUGCCACGCCGGCGGCUAGGACCAUUAGCGUGUUAAAACAAACGCCAAUAGAACUGACAAAGUCCAUGGACACAAUGGGACACCUGGAACGAGUGGAAAUAAAACCGUCGUUGUCACUGGGCUCAAUCAAUAAGAAAUUUUUGACCAGAAGUGAUGCGUUAAAUGAAUCUGACGACAUGUUGUCGUCGCAAGACACGUUGCACAAGAGUUCUACUAGUAUUCAGUUGAAACCCGCAGCGAAGGAGAAGAGGCCCGGGAUUAAGGUCACUCAUGGGUAUUCAAAAUCAGAACCCGUAAAAAACAACCCGAAAGAACCUCUUUAUAGCCAAGUUAGUCUACUAGUUUACGGACUUAUACAUUUUAACAAACUGUAUUGGAAUUCUAAACCUCAAAAAAUUGUGUAUAAAUUUAAUUGCAUUUAAAUCCCUUGAAACCUGAAUAACAUCAUGAUAAUAUAUAACGUGGCGAGAAAUAGAAAAAUACCCAUGAGCAGAAGAGCUCAGCCAUGAGGAAUUAAUUUUCACCCACCUAUUUUGUUUAAUUGAUAUAUUCUUUGUAAAACAAAUAUCAUCAAAUACCCACUAUAAUAAUAAAAUGGUAUACCAUAUUAAAAUCAUGCAACUUUCAAAAAAAUGAGAAGUUUUGUAAAAGUUGAAAUGUUCUAAAGGUACUAAAGGUCUUGAUACUAAUUUACUUACGCAAAAAUGCCAUCCACUUAGCUUUAUUUAAUCUGUAGGGGUAUGUAAUGCUAAAAAAAAAAUCAACCUUCAUCAGCAACACCUUUUUUUCCUAGUAAAUUUGCUCCGAUUUUCACAUGUAUCAACUUUUCUGAAGGCUCUUUGAUUUUUGACGCUAUUUUUUAAAAAUAAAAGCACUUAGUGAGAAAAAAACAUAGGAAAACGUACAAUUUCACGAAUUCAUUAUUUUAUAAAAACACGGACAACGUUAUCUACCAGAAAAAAUGAUUAAUUCGAAAAAUUGCAAGAUACCUUUUUUGUCGCCUUAUUAAUUUACUUUCUCGCGGUAUCAUUGUCAAAACUUUUGAGCCACUUUUGAGCUUUUAAGGAAAUUUAAUUUUUGGGAAUUUUGUUUUGCUGUAAUUCAGUUAUAAAUACACGCAGAGACUUUUAACUUGGUAAUAACACUUAUAUUGGACUUACCCAGUCGUAGUAAAUUUUUGAAAUCACCGGACGACUUUUUUUUUUUUAAUAAGCGUUUUGAAAUUAAAUUUUAACAAAAAUCGCAAAAAAAUUCGAUUAAGUCUGCCGUUUUAACUUUUUUUACCUGAUGCCAACAUUUUUAAACGUUAUUCACCACACCCAUCGUAUUUGAAUAAAUCGACUAAAACCAACUAAAACCCUUAUUUCUUAUGUAUAUUAUGUUUUUCUAAUGUUAUGUAUGUUAUGCCGAAUUAAAAUUUAAUUUUUUCAUACAACUACUAUUUAAAAUAAUUAAUACAUUUUUUUUUUUAGUACCAUUGCACUAUUAAAAAAUAUAUCUGUCUUGUCUCGUCGCCCGUCCGUUCACUUAAAUUUUGAUGAAGCCGUGGCUCCUCAAAAAUACUUUCAACACUGCUUACCAGAAUAUUAGCAAUCUAAUCAAUUUAAAACCAAUCGAAAUACCAUAGAUAAAGAAUAGAUAUAAAAGAUGUAGGAAUAUCAUAGAUUCCUAUAUAAUAAAAAACUUAACCAUGUAUAUGUUGCACUCCAGAGGUGCAUUUGUCGAAUCCACAAAACGUUCGAUUUUUCGACGAUCCCGUAAAUUGGCCGAGUGAAUUCCCCAAUUUAUAAAAUGAGCGAAAAAAACUAUUAAUUUCAUUUAUCGGGCAAUACUAUACUACGGUAAUACACAAUAGUACUUGCGAUAUUUAUAAUCGUUUAAACGAUAUUUCCAAUACAUUAUGGAUUAAUAUUAAAUUAAUAUUACUUAAAUUACGCUAAAAAGUGUAAAAAAAAAAAAAUAAAAAAUCUUACUCCCAAGAAUACCGGUCGCUAUAAGUUUAUAAAACGGACAGCGUCAUUUGCGUCAAUCGUCUGUCCGUUCUAUGAACCAGGCGACCCCCUCGGCCCUUUCCCGGUGUAACGGGCGAAACCGACACCGGGCGAAUGCGACUGCAGGUAGUCAGUUUAGCCCAACGUCGCAUUCGCCCGGAGUCAGAUUUGCCCGGCGCACCGGAACGGGUGGAAAAUCGGGCAAAUAAUUCGCCUGUGGGGUGUAACAUUGCGCGGGUAAUCGAUGCAUUUCAUUUGCGACCGUGCGAAACCGUCAGUGUUGACAUCGAAUAUUAUAACAUUGUGUGUGACGAUGCGAUAUAACGUAACAUGUAUUCGGACAGGUGUGUAAGCCGAAACCGUCGUUGGCUCCGUCGUCGAAAAACACGAGUUUCGAGUCGAGCGCGCACUACGAGGACAUAAACGUCACUUCCAAGGAGUACGCCGUGAACGGUUGCGGCGUCAGCGCCGGGGAAUGCUGUUCGGACGGCGGCGGCGGGGUCCGCAGGAUAAAGUACCCGAAAGUGUUGCCGGACUUUCCGGUGCAAGGUGCCGCGGGCCCGGACUGCAACAGGCGACUGUCGUUGCCGCCGCCACUGGUGGUCAUACCGGAGGGCGGCGCGGUGAAGGUGCCGCCGCCGCCGCCGCCCAGAAUAUCGUCCACGCUGGGCCGGAAAAAAGACGGCGCGAAGACCGAGGCCACGAUUACCGUGCGGCCGUUCAACAGGCAGACGCAGCCGGACACCAUACCCGAGGAACACAAAUCGCCCGUGGUGCCGUGCGUGCCCAACAAGGUGUGCCCGGCGGUGGACGCGGCGGCGUCCGAGGUUCUGCCGGCCAAAAAGCCCGCCGGGCCGAGAAUCGUCAUCAAGGCCAGCUCGGUACAACAGCACCAUCCUAAUCAACAGCAUCCCAAUCAGCAACAUGCCAGUCAGCAGCAUCCCAAUCAACAGCAUCCUAAUCAGCAGCAGCAGCAGCAGCAGCAGAAGCAACCCAAGAGGACGAACAUACCGCGUGUCGUGCAUCCGCAGAACAGCGACAGGAACAAGCACGCGACGGCGGUCGGGGCCGAGGGCGGCGACACGGACACGGUCAAGCGGAAAAAAAAAUGACCUCUGGUCGUGCACUAGACGCGUGUUUUUCCUACGAAACUUUUGUACGUCCAUAAUAAUAUAAUGUAUACUAUUUAUCGUGGCGCCGCGUCAAUUAUCCGCGCACGUUUUUUUCGCGCGAAUAACCGUAAUAAUAUAUUGUAAAAACAAAUACUGCACAUUUAUCAAUCGGCGGUCGUUCGCAAAUCGAACGUUACGUUGAAUAUUACAACAAAGGUACAACACGAUCGAUUAACUUCAACUUUGUAGCCGCGGAUUAAGUGUUUUUUUUCUUUUUUUUUUUCUUUCUUUUUCUCUACAUCGAAUUUAGGUAUUCGGAACGUGAUUACGUUCGUAAUUGUUUCUUGACGACUCAAUCGUUUUCCACAUGAACACAUCCACCGCAUUUAAAUCACGUCAAACCCAGCCCAUGUUUUCCGAUACUGUGACGCCUUUCGACUAGUUCGUAAUUCCAACAAGAAUAUUAAACCGGUUUCGUAUCGAUAUUGCGUACUCGGUGUCGGUGGAUUGCGGCCCAGGUUUAUUAGAGGGAUGUAAGAAUUGCGGCCCGAGUUCAUGAGAGAGACUUACGAAUUGCGGCCACAUAACGAUUACCACCUCAUAUCGGCUUAUUAAUGUUAUCCAGGAAAGAGCUUCUAUAUUGCUAAUACGUUUUCUUCGUUUUUAUUCCAUUACUCCUGAAUUUUGUACAAGUCUCGAAUUGAAUUUCAAGUAACACAUCAAGGAUGUUAUACGUGUUACUAUGUUAGGAUGGCUAAUAUAGAAUGUCAUAAUGUUUAAUAUUGUUUAUCGUCUGUUGUUGUAUUUUAAAUUAGAUACCGAUUUCGAUAUGGCACGAUUUAUGCAUUUUUUUUUUUUAUAACUAAUAAAAUAUAUAAUACAUUUAGGUAUAUCAACGAUAAAGUUUCUAGAUAAAAAGGGUUCCUUGGGCCACAACUAACUUACAGCCGAAAAGUUUCCCGGGCCGGAAUUCACCGGUCUCGACGUCGAAAAUAACACGUCGGGUUGCAACUCACCAACAGUCUGUGUACCUGUCUACCGGCCUCGUCAACCGUUAAGACAGAACGCGUGUCAAAUAAAAUAGAUUCUAUCCAGUGAGUGAAAACCCGUCCUCGCCAUUUCGAUGAGUAGUUAGGUAAUAGAUAUUUUCGAGCGAAAAAUUGUCCGCGGAAAAUUGACGUGGAUCCAUUUAUUGUAUUGUGAAUGUUUUGUGUGUGCGUUUUUGCGCGCGUGUAUCUGCGAUUUGUAUGUAUUUCGCACACGCUGUAUAGUGAUAAAUGUAUAUUGUAUGUAAAUCUUUUUUUAUUAUAAUUUGUUUUUUUUUUUUUUUUUAAUAUAAAAUAGAAUUUGUAACUCCGGGUAUUCCGUCGGUAUGUCUCGAUCAGUAACCACGUACCUAUAAACAAUCGUUGGGAAAUAGACAGCUCUAAUUUGUUUUCAUUAUUAUAUAAUAAUUUUUUUUUAAGCGCAGUUUUAAAUACGAAAAACUAAACUUCAUAAUAAUUAUUAUUUACAGUUUUUCCCAGUUAGUUACACGUCCGAUGUAUAAGGGGUAACGUACUGUAAACAACAUUUUUGAAGAAAAAAAAAAAUGAAAAUUAUUGUUUAUUAUUAUGUUCAAAUUUACUUUAAAUUAAACGUACGAGUAUAAUACAGUGCCGUGUCGUUAUUAAAAGUUCCUAUUUUUUCUGUUUGUUGCGUAAUCGUGAAUUAAACUAAAACAUCUAAGGAAAAAUCGUCUCGAGUGAGACACGUUCGAUUAUAACUCCUACUCAGAGCCGGACUGGAAGGGUUCGGCCAAUUUACCUACAUUUAACGGUCCAGCGUAAAUUGAAAAAAUAUUACAAUUUGAACAAUAGUGUUUUUACCUUCAUCCACAUUUUAUAACAAGUAGGAUCUAGGAACUUUUUCUAUGUUGAUGACAAAGAAAAUGUAAAAUAUAUCAAUACAUAGGUAUAAAUCAGUAAC